GAGAAGAAACUCCAGGCAGGUUUCACUAUAUCUUUGUUCAUGUUAUAUAUACUUACAAGGUAGGGCUUCCUUUUUAUACAAAGCAGGAAGAACCCUUCUUUUCUAUUUGUAGUCUCUUUCUCUCUCAUACCAAUUGAUCAUCCAUGGCUUCUGUUCUUCAUCCCUACGGUUUCCAACACAACGAAAACAGCACAGAAACUGGCCCCGGCAACUUAGAAAUAACAAGAUCAGCUGCUGCAGAGACAGAGAUUGCAAUAAGUCCAGUAUUUAUGAACCGUAGAUCGAGUCCUAGUUCUCAGGUCGCCGAAACGUCGCCCAUGGAUGGCGGAGUUUUCUUGACAUGGGACGAUCUUUGGGUGACGGUUUCCGGUCGAAGAAACGACGAAAAACCAAUCCUUCAAGGUCUGACGGGCUAUGCCAAGCCAGGGGAGCUCUUGGCUGUCAUGGGUCCUUCUGGUUCUGGCAAGUCUACUCUUCUUGACGCAUUAGCAGGAAGAUUGAGUUUAAAGAUGAGGCAAACUGGGGAGAUUCUGAUAAAUGGACAGAAACAGACUCUUGCUUAUGGUGCAUCGGCAUACGUAGCACAAGAUGAUGUUUUGACGACCACCUUAACGGUGGGAGAAGCAGUAAACUACGCGGCUCAGCUGCAACUACCCGACUCCAUGUCGGCGUCGGAGAAGAAGGAGAGAGCGGACGCGACGAUAAGAGAGAUGGGUUUGCAAAGCGCCAUCAACACUCCGAUCGGCGGGUGGGGAGUGAGGGGCAUCAGCGGCGGGCAGAAGAGGAGAGUGAGCAUCUGUGUCGAGAUCCUCACGCGGUCGAAGCUUCUCUUCCUCGACGAGCCUACGAGUGGGCUCGACAGCGCCGCUUCUUACUACGUCAUGAAUGGAAUCGCCGGCUUGGAUCAGAGGGAUGGAGAUAGGAGAACUAUUGUUGCUUCUAUUCACCAGCCAAGCUCUGAAGUCUUUCAACUUUUCGAUAGUCUUUGCCUUCUUUGUGCUGGUAAAACGGUUUAUCUUGGUCCUGCUUCUGGAGCAAAUGAGUUUUUUGCUUCAAGUGGUUUUCCUUGCCCGACCCUCCAAAAUCCAUCCGACCACUUCCUGAAAACCAUAAACAAGGAUUUUGAACAGGAUAUUGAGCAAGGAAUUGAUGGAGCAGUGCCUAGAGUACAAGAUGCAAUUGAUACUCUUACAAAGUCUUACAGAGCAUCUGUAACUUACCGGCAAGUUCGAACAGAAGUGGCCGAAAUAUGUAAACAGGAUUGUGGUGCGGUGGAGAAGAAAAGAAGCCACGCUAGCUUCCUUACUCAAUGUCUUGUUCUUACACGGAGAUCUUUCAAAAAUAUGAACCGUGAUCUGGGAUACUAUUGGUUGCGCAUAGCUAUCUAUAUCCUAGUGGCUCUAGGGUUAGGAACUAUCUACUAUGAUAUUGGCACAAAUUACGGGUCAAUCCAGGCAAGAGGUUCACUGAUCAUGUUUAUAGCUUCAUUCUUAACUUUCAUGGCUAUUGGUGGAUUUCCUUCCUUUGUGGAAGACAUGAAGGUAUUCGAACGAGAAAGACUAAACGGACAUUACGGUGCAACAUCGUUUGUGAUUGGCAACACACUUUCUUCUCAACCCUACCUGUUUUUGGUUUCGGUAAUCCCCGGGGCAUUGGCCUACUUUCUAUCGGGACUUCGCAAAGACCAUGAACACUUUCUGUACUUCGUCUCCGUCCUCUAUGCAUCCAUGAUACUGGUGGAGAGCCUAAUGAUGAUCGUUGCAAGCAUCGUCCCAAACUUCCUCAUGGGAAUAAUCACCGGUGCCGGAAUCCAAGGCCUUAUGAUCUUGGGAGGCGGGUUUUUCCGACUGCCGAGGGAUCUUCCCGUCGUUUUUUGGCGAUACCCUUUGUACUACGUCGCUUUCCACAGGUAUGCUUAUCAAGGGAUGUUCAAGAAUGAGUUUGAUGGCUUGUCGUUUCCCAAUGAAGAAGGUGGAGGGAGAGCCAUUAUAACCGGGGAAGAGAUUUUGAGAGAUAAAUGGGAAGUCGAUAUGAGUUACUCUAAGUGGGUCGAUCUGGCCGUGUUGCUAGGAAUGGUGGUUUUUUAUAGGGUCUUGUUCUUGGUGAUCGUUAAAACUUCUGAGAUAUUCAAGAGUAUGAUCAGUGCAGCCUUUGCAAUGGUGAGGAACAAACGACAGAGAAUAUAGGUCAAGGAGAAUCCUUAUAUAUUGCAUAAAUAAUAUAGUCCUUUUAUAUUACAAUGUUAAGGCCAAGGGUAAUAUAAGCAAAAGCAAUUAGUAGUAAAUUUCAAAUCUUGAACAUGCUAGAGUUUCGAGUAUGGAAGCUAUUUCAAGUCAUUAAGGGGGUUAGCUUUAUGUAAAAAAUAAUAAUAAUAACUUGUUGAAGCUUC